AUGACAGAGUCCGAAAUAAAGCCCGGCAGUGCUACAAGCGUAAAGGAAAAAGCCCCAAGUCAGUCAGGUAAGCAUUAUUGAUAAAAAUUUGAUAGUUUAAAUCAAGUUUUCGUGUUCAAAACCAUACAUCAGUCAUUUGACAUCCUGAAGUAUUGUGCAGUAUUUACAUUGAAGAUUACUUUGCGUCGUAGCUACGUCUAUUUACACCGACAUUUGAUGGACAUUUGAAAACCCCAAAUUCUGGAUCCGAGGAACUUUAAACACUUAUUUGCAGGUUCUAUUUUUGGUCUAAAUACCAUAGUUUAGCGCCUAUUAUAUCUCUUGAUCUCGACUAUACUUAACAUUGGGGACAGACCUAGAAACAUUCUUUAAUGUUCUUCCAAUCCUGAUAUUUGCUUUUUCAACUGUUCCUGCAGUAAAGUGCGCAAAAACAUAGUGUCUAGAUAUGAUGGUCUGGAAGCUCGGCAAACUUCAAAGCCAAAAUAGAAGAGCUUUGUUUGAUGUUGAAAUGCACAAAUCCAUUAUUUCAACUUCAUUAAGUAUUAUUCAUCGUGGUUGCACGUUUUAUCUCAGCUAUCCCUUUUGGCUCAAACACCAUGACCGUGCACAAAUUAACAUCAACUCAGGCAAAAACAUAACACAAUCACUUCUGUUGAGUUUCCAGAUCAUCAUAUCUUGAUAGACUAUAUGGGAGGAAAAUUGAAAAUUUCACCGUACAUCACGUCAUUAUGCAUGUAUGCGACAACAAAGCAUAUGUAUUGUAUGUCUCAAAUGACAGGUGUUCACAUGAUGCAGGAUCAUGUGAACAGCUGCUUAAAAUCAUUCGCAAGCAAACAUUUUUUCUUGCUUUUCACAGAAGGCAAAGAGCACAACAUGAAUCCAGAAUCUGUAGAGAAUCGAGCGCAAGAUGGGAUUAAGGAUGAUGAGGUGAUUGAAAACCAUAGCAAGACAGUGGAUGAAAGAUCUGCUCAAGAAUCGGAUGGCAAUCUGGAAAAAACUGAAGAGGAAACAGAUGGCAAUGGAAGUAAAGAUAAGGACGAUGCAAAUGGAAGCACAGAGGUUUCGCAAUCUGAAGAUGUGGCGAAUACUGAAAGUGAAAACGCAACUCCUGAAGCGGAAACUGGAAAUGAAGAGAAGGCAUCUGAACAUUCAAAAGAUAUACCAGACGAAACGAGUAAAGAAGCAGUUUCUGAAGACAUUGGCGGGGAAAAUAAUAAUAAAGUAAAUGUCGAAAAUUCUGGCGAGAAAACGUCUGAGAAUGUGGCGGAAGGAUCUUCUGUGGAUAAAGAGGCGAAUGUUGGGACACAGAUUGGUCAAGAAGGGUCUUCUAAUGAUAAAGAGGAGAAUUCAGGGACACCUGAAAUCGGGGGUGACAGAGGAAAAGAGGGUUCUCCUAGUGACAAAGAGGGGCACGAGGCUUCUGUCGAGGACAAGAAUGGUGAUGAAGGGUUGGCAAAGAGUAGUGAUGGUGUAAAAGUUGAUAAUGAAGUAGUAAAUACGGAUAAAGAUGGAGAUUUGGAGGAUAAGGAUUCCGGAAAUCAGGACAAUGAAAAACCGACAGCAUCCACAGAGAACGAAGCUGUAAAAACUGGAAGAAAUGAAAGUGAAGUGAAUAAAAGUGGAGAUGAUGAACGAAAAGAGGAUGGGAGACAGACAGGUGAUCAGGGAGAGAAAAAUGAUGAUGGAGUUGGUGGGGAACAAGUUGGAGAGCGAAAUGAAGUAGUCGAAAAUGAAAGCACAGAGGAUGGUGGAAAGGAAGGAGUUAAUAAGGAGAAGGCAGAUGCAGUGAUUGAGAAGACAACGGAGGAAAGGUCUGGGAAUGAAACAGAAAAUCAGAAUGAUAAGACCAAUGAAGCACUGGUUGAAAAAGUGCCUGAGAAUGGCAGUAAAGAAAAUGCUGAAAACCAAGAAAUCGAUUCUCCAGAAAAAAUUACUGCCGUGGAAGAAACACAAGAAAUUUUAGCUGAGAAAGACCAAACCGAAAGUAAGGAAAACGAAUCUGAAAUUGCGGUGGGCCCGGUAGCGAACCUUGAGGGUAACCAUGAACAGGUUUCCAGCCUGGAAGAUAACAAAAGCGAAGUCCCAAGUGAAAAUAUUGAUGAUCUGGUUGACGAGAUACUAGCGGUGACUGAUGAUGUGGAUGCCGGAAGGAAAUCUGACGGGAACACACCCAGCGAUAAAGAAGAAGUAGCGGUGGUUAACAGUGAAAAUUCCGAGCAAGUUCAAGAUGAUGGUCAGCCGGCGGUUAGUAGUGAAUGUUCUGAGAAAGUUAAAGAAGAUGGUCUACCUGUGGUUAGCAGUGAGAGUUCCGAGAAAGUUAAAGAAGACGGUCAACCAGUGGUUAGUAGUGAAAAUUCCGAGAAAAGUGAUGAUGGUGAUGGUGGUCAAGUGUUGGUUACCAGUGAAAGUUCAGUAAAGGGUGAUGGUGGUCUGGUCUCGGGUGAACCACAAAGCGAUGUGGAAAAUGGGCAAACUUCCAGUGAUCAUCUCGAUGAUGAAAUUAAAGAGAGUGAUGCGAAAGAAAGCCCAAGAGCUAAUAGUGGCAAUACGGCAUAUCGAGUACAAACAGGUCAGUAAAAAUGAGAAAACUAAGAGUUUGUUCUAAAUUAGAUAAAUUCAAUAUACCAAAUAAUAUACAACUUCUCAUACUUUACACAUUGAAUUGCAGGAGUGCUUUAUCAGAUGCAAACACGCAGGGCCGCCGAGAGGUUGGCGGGGGCCCGGGGCAAAUUUUUUUUGGGGGCCCCUAUCCCAAAAAUUUUCCCAGUAAAAAUUUUUUCCGGAGAACAACCUCCCCCCCCGGCGCCAAAAAAUUUUCGAUCAGUGUAACAUUUUAGGGGUAAAAAAUUUUUUUCCGGAGUAAAAAAUUUUUCCGGACGAGUACGUUCCAAUUACUUUACAGGGACUUUAUCUCAUUUUUUUAUGCCAAAUUUCGGUACUUAGCCCAAGAAAACAGAUAUCUUGUCCUUUCCGCGGAAAUAUUUAACACACAAAAAAGACUGGGGCCCAACAAAAAUUUUUCAGGGGCCCCCAGCACCUCGGGGCCCGGGGCAAUUUGCCCCCCUGCGAGUGUUUUAAAUGGCUUAUGAGUUCAUUGAGGAAGUAAUUAUAAAAAUCAACGUUGUCUAAGCUGAGAAAAUCAAAGUAAAAUUAAUGAUUUUUUAUUACAUACAAAACCAGUGAUUUCUUAUGUCUUCCUUGUGAGUUAUUAAUGAUUCAUUUUAGAUUACCUUGCACGUCAAGUCAUCGCAAAACAAGAGAAAGAAAUUUACCUGCAAGAGAAGCUUUCUGAGACGAGCAGAGAUCUUGAAAUAGCUGAACGCAAAGUGAAAGAUCUUCAACUACGUUUAAAAAGAUUUGUGAAAGACGACGAGGCGAAGGACCAAAGAAUGAGACAAAUGGAGAGAGAAUACAAAGAUCUCUCCGUCCAGAUGCAACGAAUUGAAGAAUCCUUAGACUCGAAGGGUAAAAAUAACAAUGUGGGUGAGAUUCAAAGUGAAACGACAGAAACGCAACGGAAGAAAAGUAGUUCCAAAGUGUGUGUUAUACUAUAA